AUGAAUGGAAACAUAAACUUUUUAGAAGGGGAUAUCCAAAAAGCUUGUAGUGUUUUAAUAGCUUAAAAUUCUCAAAUUUUAUCCGAUAAUAAACUUUUAUGGAAUGAAUUAAAUAAGAAAAAAGAAAAUAACUAGAAAAAAGUUGAAAAGCUUUUUAGUAUUUUUCUUACUUAUAUUGGUCCUAAAUAAAUUCCGGAAAUUAGUUUUUUACAAAAAAAACAUAAUUAAGAAAAAGCUCAUUUAAAUUCAAUAGAAACAUUAUCUAUUUCAAAAUAAAAUCCUAAUACUUUUGCUACAGGUUCACAUGAUCAUCUUAUAAAGUUAUGGGAUCUAAAUACAUUUAAAGAAACACAAUUAUUAAGAGGACAUUCUUAAGGAGUAUGGAGUACAUAAUUUUCAAAUGACGGAAAAUAAUUAUUGAGUGCAUCUCCAGAUAAAACAUUGAUAAUUUGGGAUUUAAAUAAAGGAAAACCAACAUCUACAUUAAAAGAACAUUUAAAUAAAGUAUAUUUUUGUUAAUAUAAUGAAGAUAAUAAAUUAAUUGCUUCUGGAGGAGAAGAUUAGAGAUUAAUUAUUUGGGAUACUCGUAAAGGAACAGCUAUGAAAAUAAUUGAAAGUGAAAACAAAAUUAUUUAUAAUAUAAAAUGGUCUAAAGAUGGUAAUUAUUUAUGUACUUCGGAAUACGGUGGAAUUUGUAAAAUUUUUGAUGCAAAAAACUUUAAUUUAAUUGCAUAAUUUGGAUCAUAUAAUGAAGAAGAAAGGUCUAGAUAUGUAAAUGUUUUAGAAUUAAGUCCAAAAAAUUAAACAUUAACGAAAGAAUACGAAUUCAUAGCCCAUAUGGAUCCUAUUAAAUGUUUGAAUAUAGAUGGUGAAAAAUAAUUAUUAAUAACUUCAUGCAGAGACGGAAGUGCAAGAGUAUGGGAAGCAUUUAAAAGACAAAAUUAAUAUAGUCCUAAAACUAUAGGAUCACUAAUUGGACAUGAAGAAAACGUAUCUAGUAUAUAGUUUGUCGCUGUAGGCGGAAAAACAUUGUUGCUUACAUCUUCUUACGAUUAAAAAGUUCAUUUAUUUGAAAUUUGA